AGAGAGGGUGAGUGUAGGAAGCUCGGGUUACCACAUGAGGGAGCAGGUCGUCCUCGCCGCUGGUCUUGUGGGUAUUUUUACUUGAAUAUACCUGCUACAGGCCUCCACAAGGACAAGAAGCCGGCGGCUUGUCAUAAGUCCCCUCUUUAACACAUAUAUUUAUGCCAACUACAAAACAAUCAAAAUGGAGAAAACUCAAGCUAACAACAACAAGUUACCAUCAAAUUUACCACAACUGCAGAACCUCAUCAAGCGUGAUGCCGCCUCUUACGCAGAAGAAUUUGAUAGGCAAUAUUCGGUCUAUAAAGCUACGCGUGUUAUCUUUGAACAGAACCCAACCGUCUACAUUGAAGACUUGUACCAGAUGGUGAUGUUUUUAGCUCAAGUAGCACAAUGUUACCCAGACAAGCUCAGUGACUUUCCCCAAGACUUGGUAACUCUUCUCAAACGCCAUAAUACCGUCUUGCACCAAGAGAUGCGGAUGGCAUUUGUUAAGGCACUGGUGCUCUUGCGCAACAAAAACAUGCUUUCUCCCAUAGAUCUUCAUAUGCUCUUCUUCCAGCUUCUACAUUGCCAGGACAAGAGGCUCCGCCAGUUUUUAAAGCGGCACAUAGUUACAGACAUCAAAAACAUUAAUUCUAAAGGCAAAAAUAUGAAGUUGAACAAGGAGCUACAAAACUUCAUGUAUGAGAUGCUUACAUCCAAGCAUGCAGUUGCUGCUAAAACAUCUCUAGGUGUGAUGAUUGAAUUAUACAAUAAGCAUGUUUGGAAUGAUGCCAAAACUGUGAACAUCUUGGCAACUGCAUGUUUUUCAAAAGUUACCAAGAUUAUGGUAGCUGCAAUCAAAUUUUUUAUUGGUCAAGAUAAAGAAGAAGGAGAAGAAACGGAUUCAGACAGUGAAUCUGAGGAUGAAAAAAAAGUUUUAAAAUCUACAUUGAUAUCUGUGAGGGUUAAUAAGAAAACAAAAAAGAAGCAAAGAAUACUUGAAAGAGUAAAGACAGUUGUGAAAAAGAAUCAAAAGAAGAAGAAAACUAAGACCAACUUUGACUUUUCAGCUUUGCACUUAAUUCACGAUCCACAGGACUUGGCUGAGAAACUGUACAAACGUUUGGAAAAAAUGAACGAGAGAUUUGAGGUUAAAUUAAUGACCAUGAACAUGAUCUCUCGUCUGAUUGGUGUCCAUCAGCUGUACUUGCCUAACUACUAUCCCUUAGUUCAAAGGUUCUUAUUCCCUCAUCAACGUGAAGUUACCAAGGUUAUGGUAUUUGCUGCCCAAGCAGCACAUAGCCAAGUUCCUCCAGAUGAUUUAGAACCAGUGGUUCGUACGCUUGCAAACAACUUUGUCACUGAACGUUAUUCUAGUGAGGUCAUGGCAAUGGGUCUAAAUGCAAUAAGGGAGCUGUGUGCAAGAAAUCCUUAUUGUAUGUCAGAUGAUUUAUUACAAGACUUAACUCAGUAUAAGACUCAUAAGGACAAGGGAGUAAUGAUGGCUGCCAGAUCACUUGUAUCUCUUUUCAGGGAUAAAAAUCCUGAACUUCUCGCAAGGAAGGAUCGGGGUGCUCCAAGUGAGCUUCGUGUGGAGAAAAAGGUAGAACAGUUUGGAGAAAACAAAGCUAUAAGCUAUAUUCCUGGGGCUGAAAUUCUUACAUUUAAAACCCAUGGCGAUGAUGAAGGCAUUGGAUUAAGUGACAGUGAAGAUGGUGAAUGGGUAGAUGUCCAAAACACUGAUGAUGAAAUAGAUUUAGAUGAUGAUGAUGAUGAUGAUAAAGCUGUCAAUGAAAGUACAGACACUCCUAAUGAAGAAACAAUCUUUUCCAAAAAAGAUGCCUUGAAAGAAGUAAUGAAACUGACUGCAGAGGAAAGAGCCGCCAGGGCAGCUGAUGUUGUAAGUUCUCGGUUUCUUACGGAUGAUGAUUUUGCCAAAAUAGCUGCAGUUCAGGCAGCCAAACAGGUAGAGAAGUUCAGUAAAAGUAAAAAGAACAAGAAACGAAAAAGGGAAGAUGGAGACCAAGCUGAAUCUGGUGAGAUCGUAUCGUUAAAAAGUAUCGAAAUGAUUUAUAAGAAAAGGAAACAUUCGAAGGAAGCCAGAAUGGAAACUGUCAUGGCAGGAAGAGAAGGUAGAGAGAAGUAUGGUACGAAGAAAGGGCGUAUGAAUCCAAAUGCAUCGACUACUAACAAGGAGAAAAAUAAGGGCAAGAGUUUCAUGAUGGUCAAAUAUAAAGUGGGCCGAAAACAAAAAAAGUCUUUCCGAGAUAAGCAGAUAAAGUUAAGAAAUUCAUUGUUAAAACAAAGGAAGAAUUAUUAAUUGUAUACUCAUUUGUUUUCUUUAUACCUAAAUGAAAUACCUAUACAUAAUUUAUAAUAUGCUGCUAAUUUGUCAAUUGUUCAUGAUUUUGGCUACACAGCAAUAAAUAUGGCCGAUUUUUUAUUUUUACGGUUACUGUAUAAUAUUUGUUUUGCAUUUUUUUUUUUACCUAAAAAUCAUUUGGGAAGUGUGGUUAUGUGCAAGCUUGAAGUGUGGAUUGAGAUCAUUAGGUGGGGACAUUGCAGUCAGGCAAAGACAGCUAAAAUUAAGUCCAUAUAUUUCAUACUCUAAGUUAUGUUGUAUAAUUCAGUAUACUUCUUAUUAUACUUAUGAUGCUGUAUAAUAUUUAUCUGCCCUUAAUUAUUGCCUUUCUAAAUUACAGUAUUUCUGAAGCAAUUUAAUGUUAAGAAAAUUUGCAGUUAUUAAUUAAUGGCUCUUAAUUAAGAAAUAUCUAUGUCUAAAAAAUUGUGCCUGAACUUCAACACUUUGUAUAUUCUGUUGUGUUGGAAUCUUAAUCCAGGACUAGGUACUAGAACUAGUUAAGUUAUUCAAUACUGUGUGUGUGCAAGAGGCCUCCAAUGAGUUCAACAGGAGGGCACCAUGAGAAAGUAAUAGUAUGACUUUGUCUAUGAAAUAGCUUUGAUCUUUUCUUGAACAGUUACACAGAUGGUUUUCGUCAACAUGCAACUUAAUUAAAUAAUCAGGCGUUGAAAAUUAUCUACUGUAUUCUGUUAGUUUUGCAUAAAUCAAAAGGAUUUUGUUGCACCUAAAUUAAAUGUCUGGUUAAGAUACCCCUCGCAGUGAGUACAUAGAAUAAAAUAAAGUUUUGUUUACAGUACUGUAUAUGUGACUGUAUGUUAAAGAAAAUGUACAAGUCACAUUUUGACAUAAGAGUAUCCAUUGUUAGAAGGCAAGUAUCUGUCAUGCACACAAAUGUCAUUAAAUUAUCAUUCACUAUACACCUCAAUUUGAAUAAUGCAGGAAGGUAACCAAGGAAAGCUCAAAUAUUGUGACACUUGAGCUGAAGCUGGCAAUGGUAUAUACCAUGAAUAACAAGACUAUUACUACUACAAUACUAAUAUUUAUGCUGUAGUGCAUCACAAAAGCAUAUUGAUAAAAAAUACUUUAUAAUGUACUUCACGUGGGCAGAUAUAGUGGAAAAUGCUAUAAUGAAGAAAUGUUGAUUCCAAUAUUGCUAUAAAAUUUUGAGGGACAGUAAAUAAGUAUAUGAAUACUGUAAUAUAUUUUAUAAUUUAUAUAAAUUAUAGUAGUAAAAAUGAUAAUACUGUAAAAAAAAUAUAAUGAUGUGAUUGAGCAUAUUUAAUAAUGAGAUUAUAUACUCUGUUGACUUGGGUGUGUACAGUACUCUUACAGUAUAAAGGUAUAUAAACUAAAUAAUAAUUUAAUUAUUAAAAUAAAUAAACCACA